CUCACUACUCCAUCUUUUUCGGUUCCCCGUGGCCCGCCGUGUCCUCGUACCGGAAAACUCUUCAGUCGACCCGCUCCACAUCAGCCUGUUAAAAUGGCCAGACCAAGAGUCUUCUUCGACAUCGCCGCCGGUGGUACGCCCUUGGGCCGGAUCGUGAUGGAGCUCCGUGCAGAUGUGGUGCCCAAGACUGCUGAGAACUUCCGCGUCCUGUGCACUGGCGAAAAGGGCUACGGCUACAAGGGCUGCAGCUUCCACCGCAUCAUCCCGGAAUUCAUGUGCCAGGGUGGUGACUUCACCAACCACAACGGAACCGGGGGUAAGUCCAUCUACGGCAACAAGUUCGCUGAUGAGAACUUCAGCCUGACACACACCGGACCCGGCAUCCUGUCCAUGGCCAAUGCCGGCCCAAACACCAACGGGUCCCAGUUCUUCAUCUGCACAGAGAAGACGGCAUGGCUGGACGGGAAGCACGUGGUGUUCGGCAGCGUGGUGGAGGGCCUGGGCGUGGUGAAGAAGAUGGAGACUUACGGCACCGCAUCAGGAAAGCCCACAUCCAAGAUCGUCAUCGCCGACUGCGGCCAGCUCUGAGCUGGUGCACCGGCCACUACCCACGUGUCCUGUAGCCACACCCCUUUAGGCUCCGCCCCUCCAACAUUCCUAUUGAUGGAGAUUCAGCCGAUCCUGCCCCGCCCCUUUUUUAUUUUUUUCAAACCGUUGCUGCAUUUGACUUAAGUUUCUUUUGCAUUAACAUUUUUCCACAAAGUUCAGACUUUUUUUUUUUUUUUUU